UACAUAGAAGACUGCAACACAUAUAUCAUAACAUUAUCAUAAAGCUCAUAACAUAUAUUUUAAAGAGAUGGCUGAAUCUUUUAGAGCUACUCAUCACUUCCUCACGUCUCUUCUCAUAACGGUAGCCAUAACCAUAACCACACUCAAGUCGGUCCAUACAACAGCAACAAACACAGAGUUCGUAAAAUCAUCAUGCACAGUCACAACAUAUCCAAGACUCUGUGUCACUUCACUCUCAACUCAUGCCAGUCUCAUCCAAACCAGCCCCAAGCUUAUGGCUCACGCGGCUCUCAACAUCACAUUAGCCUCGGCAAAAGCUACAUCAGUAAUGAUGGUGCGUCUCUCGAGUAGUAGACGGCUCAAGCCAAGAGAAGUCUCGGCCAUGAGAGACUGCGUCGAGGAGUUAGGUGACACGUUGGAUGAGCUUAGGAAAUCAAUUGGUGAGAUGGGUCAGCUAAGUGGCUCGAGCUAUGAGGUAUACAUGAGUGAUAUUCAGACAUGGGUUAGUGCGGCUCUGACCGAUGAGAACACGUGCACCGACGGAUUUGAAGGAGAUGACAUGAAUGGGAAGGUUAAGGUUUUUGUUAGAGAAAGGAUUUUGGUUAUUGCUCAUUUAACGAGUAAUGCUUUAGCUUUGAUUAAUCACUUUGCUUCUCUUCAUGGUAAGAGAGACUGAGAUAUUUCUAGUUUCGUUUUUAUUGAAAAUUUCUGUUUGAUAUUGUGUGUAUAAUAUAUAUAUAUAUAUGUGUGUGUUCGUGUUUAAGAUUCA